UUUCCUCACCAUAAUGAUCCCCGUGGAGUCGAUGGAGCCUACCACUGCCUCAUUAAAGGAACUGGUAAAGUCAAAGCCCUCUCUUUUAUCCAGAUGGAGAGAAUUUGCCGCAAACACAACUGUCCAUGGGUUACGAUAUGUCGUUCAAGCGUCUCUACCUGGUUAUAGACGACUGGUGUGGGCAAUUUUACUCUUCGCAGCCUCAGGUGCUUAUUUGUACUAUUCGACAAUAAGCUUCAAAAAAUAUAUUUCUGGACCAAUAAGAACUGAAAUUUCGCAAGAGACACCUCGGGAUGGCUUGAAGUUUCCUGCGGUUACAAUCUGCAAUUUAAAUCAGUUCAUGAAAACAAAGAUAGACACGACCGAUGAGGACGAAAACUUUGAAAAAUUAGGAUUAAACAUCAGCGGAUGCAGUGAAACAAGAACUGUUCGUGGUAAUCUGACAUGUGGCCAAGCUUUGUUGUGCGCUUUUGCUGAUCAUGGUCCCCUUCUGGUGGACAACUGUAACUAUUCGACCAGGCAGAGAAUAAUAAGUGUUCUUAAUCACACAAAACGUAUCUAUGACGAAAAAGAAUUCCUUGCUAAGUAUGGGCAUGACCUCUUUGGCAAUAACAGCAUGAGUGAUUCAAAACACUGUGGUUUUAAAGACCUGGAACAAAUAACCUGCUCGGAACAUCACUUCAUUCCAGUUGUUACAAAUGAUGGCAUCUGUUACACAUUCAAUUCUGGUUAUAAUGGGUCUACGAAGAGUAAGCUGUUUCGUUCUUUCUAUGAAGGUUCAAAUUUUGGUUUAGCCAUUGGUCUAAACCUUCAAACAAAUGAGUCCACAUUCAGUGCCUCCUCUAGUGGCUUAGCAGUUAAUGUUCAUGACCAAGACACCUAUGUAAAUUAUCAUACUGCGUUUAAAGUCCAGCCCGGCGCACAUGCGUCUGUUGCAAUCAAGAUGACCCAGUACAAAAGACUCCAGGCGCCCUUCAGAACAAAUUGCAGCAAAGUGGAUAGCUUGGCGGGGAUCAAGUCAUACACGAAAGAUGGCUGCAUCUAUCAGUGUCAGUCAAAUUACAGUAUGGAUAAAUGCGGAUGCCGAGGAAACCAUGCUUUACCAGAUCUGCGGGGUUUACCUGUGUGUUCCUUUCAAGACCGUCGGUGUCUUCUAAAAGCAAAAAGUAAGAAAUAUAUUUUUUAA